AUGUCCCAACCCCUCUCCCUCGUCCAAAAAUUCCAAUCCCUCCGCCUCCCCUGGCGCCGCCACUUCCUAGUAGGCAAAGAUCUCUCAGGCAACACCUACUGGGAGUUCCACGACCGCGGCAACCCCAACCCAGACCGCUGGCGCCGUAUCCUCCGCCCCAACCCUGCCCUCAAACUCCACCACUCCGAGGUCAAGAUCCCGCCCGCGUGGCACCAGUGGCUGCGUCACACCCGGCCUGACCCGCCCACCAUUGAAGAACAGCAAGCAGACGUUAUCAGACAAGAAAGACUCAAGAUUUUGGCGGCAGAGGCGGACAGGAGGUGGGAGGCCAAGGCUAAAUAUAUUGAGGAUGGGGUUGGGGGGAAACAGAGGAAGCCAGCGUUGGAGGGGAGCGGGAUGUGGGUUGAGAAGAAGGAGGAUGAACAACAAAAAGUGCCCAAGGAGGUCAAGAGGGAGGAGGUUUGGGAGGGGAUGAAGAAACAGGUUGAACAAGGGGAAGGCGAGAUUUUGGUUGGGGGGAAGAAAAAGGUUGAUCCGUGGAGGCAGAAGAGGGCUGGGCCCGGGGAGGAGUGGCAGCCUCAGGGGUGGACGCCGGGGGCGGCGAAGAAGCCAUGA